AUGGCUAAGAGCUUGUGGAGUAAGUGGAAAAGGAAAAUGCGGGCUGAAAAAGAAAAAAAGAAUGCCCCAAAGGAACUCAGCAGACUUAAAUUUAUUCUUAAUGUAGACACCGAUGUUAUAACGAAAGAUGUUCAAGGGAGAGCAACCGUGGUGGAACUCCAAAGUUGCCACAAGAUUGAAUGUGCAGUAAAAGAUGAAAAAGAUGGCAUGAAAAUGGAGACUAACAUUAAGAGAAAUAAGAAGAGUCUUCUAGACCAGCAUGGACAGUAUCCUAUCUGGAUGAACCAGAGGCCGAGGAAAAGACUGAAGGCAAAGUGAGAGAAAAAGAAAGGCAAAAGCAGAGCAAAACCAGCAAAAGCAGCUAAGGGUUUGGCCUGGUAGCCUCUUAAAGUAUUGAAAAAUAUUAUAUAGACAGUUUUUUGAUAAAUGUGUACACUGAUUUCAACCUCUACCAAAUGAAAACUCUGGUUUUAACUUGACCUUUUUCUU